AUACCCCUCCCUCUCCAUGCUAAUGUUCUGCUCCUUGUUGUCCCUACUUCCAACCGUCGGAACCACGCUGCAGUUUGGUUACUCCAAGCAGAGGAGCUGCUGCUCUGAAACAUACUUUGUGUUUAAGAGCAGCCGAUCUAAACCGAUCUAACGCGCUUUGGAGCUGUCCAUACCUACCUUGCCAGCUUUACCUACCGACUUCAGCACCGCUGCCGGUGGAGAGACUGAAAAAAAGAAAAGAAAACUGAAGAAGACGGUCGACGCGACUGCCUGUCGUCUGUCGACCAACCCCCGCAACUACCGACGGCUGACGUACGGUUAUGGUGGAUUUUUUUUUUUUUUUCUGUGCACGAAAAGAGGAGGAGUCUAUCUAUCUGUGAGCGAAACGGGAGAGCGGUCGCUUGAGUCCGCGAAUGCACAACUACACAGUUGUUGUUGGGGCACAGCUCACUAGUUUUCCUGGUGAAUGUUAAAGUGGACCUGAUGCCCCACUGAUACCACAUUCUGAUCGUAGCGGUUGUAAACGUCAGGAUCCGCUAGAGCGCGACAGCGGCAGGAGGAAGAGCAGGAGACAGUAGGCUACAGACCGAGACUGAAAAUCGCGGGAACAUCGCUUGGCGACGCGGCGAAUCGGUUGUCCAAGUACUCUGUAGUAAGUCCAUGUACAGGAACCUUUCAACUUGAAGGCAGCAAUGGAAGUUGUUGUGACAGAGGAGAAGAAGAAGAUUUUCCGUGCCAGGAAAACCAUGAAGAUCAGUGAUCGACAGCAACUGGAGAGUCUUCACACCACUUUGUUGACAUCAGCUCCAGGUUUGUCCAACCCAUCUCCACCACCUCUAAUGAAUGGCACGCACAAAGAGGAUGGACAAAAAGUGGGGGACAAAGAGCAAAACAACAUCUCAGACUCAAACUCACCUCACGCUACAUCACCUGCCUCUCCUGCUCCUUUCUUGUCCCUGAAUCUGUCACCUUCCCCUGCCUCUUCACAAAGUCCAAAAGCAAAGGGAGACACUCCUACCUCUCCCACAUCACCGUUUCACUGUCUAAACUUUGAACUGAAAAAGAUGGAGGAGGGUGAGGUGGAGGAGAAAGGUUCUUCAUCAUCCUCAUCAAAUGAGUCUGUUAAACCAUCAACAGAAUCUAAAGAAAACCAGGAAAAAGACGCCGAAGACAUUUCAGAGGUGGAAAAGAAAGAGGAGGAGCAGACCACAACAAAGGACUCAGCUGUGGAUUCGGCGAAGGAGUCUGUUAAAGGUUUGGUUCCAUGCUCGCCUGUGCCACCUCCAGUAUCUGACUGCACAGAAUCAAUGGAUACAGAUAGUGACACUACAAAGGCCAAGGACCCUGAGGCCUCCACAGCCAAAAUAAAAGAUGAAAAGCCUUCCUCACCUAAGUCUAUAACUUCCAAUUCCUCUCCUUCUUGUCCUUCCUCGUCUCAUCCAGCUUCCUCCUCGGGUGCGGAUCUAAAGCAAGAAAAGGAAAUCAAAGAGGGGGACAUAAAAGACGAGAAGCAUGAUAAAGAAGAUGUGAAGAAAGGAUCCAUCAAUGAGGAAAAGAUGGAGGUGGACUCGGUGAAAGUAGAGAUCAAAAAGGAAAAAACUGAUGUUGGAAAAACCACAAAGCCAUCUCGACCAUCAUCUACUCCACCAUCUAAUACAGUGCAAGAGGAGAAGGGCUCGACCUCUGGACUGAAACGUACUUUAUCGGAGGGUUAUGAAAAAGAUGGACAAUCCGUGAAAAGAGAGGGGAAGAGGCCCAAGAUGGAGCGUGAAGAGUUGGAGGCACAACUGGAACUUAAAAUUACUGCAAAAGCUGGCAGUCACCAUAAACUUGAAAAGAUUGUGCAACAGCUAGUGGAUGAGCGGUUGAGGGUAUUGGAACUGACAAUUUUUGACAAACAUUUCCAAGAACUCAAGGACAGAGUAGACAAGAUCGACUGUGCCACCAAACACCAAACUGCCAUUAACACACUCCAAGCCAAAAUAGCCCGAUUAGCAAAAAAGUUUGGAGAAGCCAACCAGGCAUCAGAGAACAUAAGGAAACAGGAGGCACUUGCUGCUGCUGUUGCCGCCAAGACUGCAACUGUUGCAAACAACCCUCAAGCGCAACGGCCGGUCCGGACUACCAUGGAGGUAAAGCAGAUUCCAACAACAGUUUCUUCCUCCAAAACAGCUGCAAAUCCAGCCCUGCCAGCUCCGCCAGCCCCUAUCCCUGCUCCAGCCCCAACAUCCACCUCCACAGCCAUGGUUCCACAGGCCCCCAUCCUCCAGCUGAUCACCUCCACCUCUAAUGCUGCCUCCACCUUGGCCACUGGCAUCACCACUCAGAGUCCCACAGGCACCCUCCUGCUGAAGACGGCCCCUGGGAGCAGCAUGGUGGCUACAGGCCAGCCGCUCCUCAUCCAGCUCCCUCUAUCAGUGACUAAUGGCCAGGCAGGAACGUUGGUCAACAUCCCUGUCUCCUCUUUAUCUGCAGCCAACUCACUGAACAAGGCCAAAACCACUGCUUCUACCGCCACCUUUAUACUCAAGCCUGCUCCUGCCACCACCACAGCACCAGCUUCUGGUCCACCUGCUGCCACUGUCCCGGCGCUCCAGGCCUCCACUGGCCAGAUGUCUUCUGCCCAGAUCUCUCUUGCCCGAGCUGUGUAUCAGGGAGGUGCUGGGGGGAUAACUACGCCUAAUGCUGGUGUAUCCGUGACCACGGCCAGGACCCCAGCUCAGUCUGUCUCUGUAGCCGGAGCGAUGUCGUCAGCCUCCUCUCCUGCAACGUCAGGGCCAGCAGCAACUGGUUCCACUGCUCCAGGACCCCCACAAGGGACUUCGCUGACAUCAAAGACAGACAACCAAGCUACAGGAAGCACUUUAUCCAAAUCAGCCGCGCCACGACCCAAAGGCUCUGUCAUCGAUCUCACUGAGGACGAUGAUGAUGUGCAAGUGACAGGAGUGAAAAAUGCCACCAUUGCUGCUCCCUCACCGACCCAGCGUCCUCACCCAGUCGUCACCAUUCCCAACAGUGCAGGAGCCAGAUCGUCCCCGCAAAGCAAUCAGAACCCUUCCAGCAAUCCUCAGUUGACAGUACACCACCGCCCCCCACUGGACUCUCCGAUGAAAUCCCGCACUGUAACCACUACUACGCCAGCCCGAGCCUCCAGCAUGGCUCUGCCCCCUCUCCCCGCAGCACCUGCACCCCCACGUUUACCCCCAGAGGCUGAGCGGACCUCACCUCCUCAGCAGCCUCAGCUGAAGCUGGUGCCAAGUCAGACUGGUAUAGUACUGUCCUGGUGUGUGGCAGAAACUGAUCGGACCUGUGCAGCUGUAGACAGCUAUCACCUCUAUGCCUUCCAUCAAGACAACUCUAACAACAACGCAGCACAGCAGCACUGGAAGAAGAUUGGGGAGGUGAAGGCCCUUCCUUUACCUAUGGCCUGUACGCUGACCCAGUUCCAGUCUGGCUCCACUUACCAUUUUGCAGUUCGAGCUAAAGACAUCUACGGGCGCUUCGGCUCUUUUUGUGAACCUCAGUGCACCAACGUCAUCAGUACCAGCUCAAGCUGAACGGUUAAGAAAUCAAAACAAUCUUUGCAUUUGAUAGUUCAUGACUUCUCUUACUUUUUUGGGAGUUAACUUGUAUAUUGUGCAUUGAAUACAUACAGUAUCUGUAAAUAUCUCUACAUAACAACUGGACUUCUGGCUGACUUGGGAAAUUGAAACAGCAUAUGGCUGGUUUUGUCUGGUUAAUGUAUGUAAUGUAUUUUUUUUGUGACUUAAGCUGUUGUAUAUAAUUGAAUUACUUUGCCUCUCUACCAAGCCAGAUAUUUAUGUUGUUGACUCUGAUCCGGAUAUCUUUUGCUUUACUUGAGGAAAGGUGACAGGAUUAUCCGAGUAAACUCAGAAUUGCACAGAAAUGUAUAAAUGUGUGGUAGAAACUGAAUGAUAACUUUUGUAAGUUUUGUCUGGCAACCAGACUUUGACAAACACAAUAAAAGGUUUUAUUAAA